AUGGCAUCUCCAUCGCCCCAGAGGACUGGCCGCGGCGUGAAAGCGCGCAUCUGUAACCAUUGUGGCCGCGCCUUUCGUCGGACGGAACAUUUGGAGCGCCAUGUUCGAACUCAUACCAAAGAGAAACCGUUCAUCUGCUUCUGUGGGGCAGCGUUUACUAGACGCGACCUGUUGAAGCGCCAUAAUCGCAUCUCCCACGAGGAUGGACUGAUAUCCCCCGAUUCCCAGCCACCCUCUGCGGUGAAGGCCGCACAUCAAGCGCCGCCGCGCGUUGCCCCUGCAGCUGCAGCUGUCCCGCCGCAAUAUGAUGCAGCAAGCCGCUCGGCCGUCGCAAUAUCUGGCCCACCAACCUCACACCAGUGGACAGGGCCGCAAAAUGGACCCCCUGCAUACCUGCCUCAGAACCAAGCCGGGAAUGUGCUGGGGGCUGGGGUUCCGAACCUCAGUCCUAUACCAGCAGGACACCCGGCAAUGCAUGAUCCGGCCAUGCUCCAAGCUGCCCAACUGCUCAUCCCCGGCGAAUAUCAGGCGACGUCAAUUCCGUAUCUUCCGGAGGAUCUCAACCAUUUUCAAGAGUUUACUCAUUUCCUGGACUCGAUUGGAUUGCCGGCCGAGUGGCUUCCUAGCGAUGGAGAAACGAAUCAAAUGCAAGCAGAGUCCGGACUGGAUGACAUGCACAAAACAGUACAGCCAUCUCAAGAACAGUCUAGGUCACGGCGUGGUGCGGGAGAGGAGGCCAGAGGAGACUCUCCUUUCCGUUCAUGGUUGCCGUCAGUCCCUCGAGGGGAUCAAAGCUUAGGCACUCUGUCCGACUCGGAACCCCCGCAGGCCUUGAAAUCUUCUCGAUUCAAUGUCUCAGAAGACCAACGGUUCCGACUCGCAGCAGCCCUUGAAAACUUCAGAAACGUCAUUCCGGAUUUCACUCUGCCAUCCCGCCAUACCUUGACAAGAUACUUGACUUCGUACUUUGAAGGAUUUCACCCUCAUAUUCCAUUUAUUCAUGUACCAACCUUUAGGUUUAAUGAGUGCUCCCCAGAAAUGAUUCUUGCAAUCAUGACCAUUGGUGCUCAGUAUCGGUUCGAGCAUCGAAAUGCGGAGAAGCUCUUCCAUGCUUCCAAGACUGUUCUCUAUGAGCGCAUGUCUCGAGACUCUCGCAUUGGCGGGUAUGCAGCGCCUCUCAAUAACUCACAAUAUUCCGUCGAUGCCCAGGCGCCUAUCGGAGCAUCAAUCAAUCGAUCGAGGCAUAUGGAGGUUAUUCGUUGUCUACUUCUGCUCAUGAGCUACGCUACGUGGGAACGAGCAGGGCUUGUCCAGGAAGCCUUUCAAAUCCAGGCUCAGCUGGUUCAGCACAUUCGGGAUGCGGGUUUGACUGAACCGUACUCCGACCCUCGAACGAUGUCGGAUUGGUACGAGUGGGCAGAGCUAGAGUCUGUUCGAAGGACAAAACUUAUCUCAUUUUGUUUUAUUCACAUCCACAGCAUUGCGUACAAUGUUUACCCAUCACUCAGAAGCAGCGAAAUUCAUAUGCGUCUGCCUUGCUCCACCAAAGAAUGGACGGCAAACAAUGCUGUUGAAUGGGAAGCUGCUCAGCGAGACCGCGGACCCCAGCAGUUGUUCUUCCAGGACGCGUUGACAUUACUACUCCAAAAGUCACGAUCAGCGGUACCAUUGGAACCGAUUCCUGCGCCCUUGGGAAACUAUAUGCUUCUCCACGGUUUGCUUCAAAGGAUCCACAUCGUCAGCGAACUAUCGUUACCGAAUGGUAAUCAUACAACCACCCUUCCAACCGAAGAAUUAAAUAAGAUUGAGCGAGCUCUCCGUUCUUGGACGUCCGUGUGGCAGCAAGCUCCAGAGUCAAGCCUGGAUCCUCAUAAUGCUAAUGGACCCAUUCCUUUUACAUCGAGCGCCUUGCUUGGCUUGGCAUAUGUGCGCCUUUCACUGAACCUUGGGCCUUAUCGGCAUCUUGAAACACGAGAGCCUGCGACCAUUGCGGCAGGUCUGUGUCGCUCUCCGAAGCCGGAAAGAAGCUAUCGCCUCAUACCCGCUCUUAUCUAUUCCGCCCAUGCGCUCAGUAUACCAGUCCGUCUUGGUAUCGAUCACAUUGCACGCAGCCAGGCCUUCUUCUGGAGUGUCAGGCAUUCUCUUGCAAGUCUCGAAUGUGCCGUCCUUCUCAGCAAGUGGCUUUUCACUCUGGCAGACGCGGCGCCCGAUCAAGCUUUGAGUGAAAACGAGAGCCGUAUUCUCCGAUGGACGCAAUGCAUUGUCGAGGAGGCAUUCUCGUCAGUCGACUUGGAAGACGAGUCAGAAGCCCCCCCAAACCUUGAGCCUGCUGCACUGGGCAUGGCCGUGCUCAGGCUGUGGGUCCGUUUGUUCAAACGAAAUACCCAAUGGCCAUUUAUCAAUGUACUCGGUCAAAGCCUGGAGCAGUACAUGGCAAUGAUUUAA